CGGGAGCCCCGCUCUAUAUCUGCCCCCCGCAGUGUGCCUAGGAAUCCACGCAGCCCGGGACUAUUUGAUUCACCUGCCCCCAGAACACAGCCGACAGGUCCAUGGCUGGCAGGUCCGCGCCCCCCGGCCGCCAGGAGGAUACUCCCAAAGAUCCCGGCCCGAAGCUACCAGCAGCGAGGCCUGCAGGCCACCUGCCCAGUAUCGAUGAGGCCCGCCUGGCAGGCCUGGGCCCGUCCUCCCGCCGGGGCUCUGUGCUGGGCCCAGCCUCGUCCUUCUCACGUCGCAACUCCCUGGCAGGACCAGGCGCGGGUCCCGGGGGCCGGCGACCAUCUCUGGGCCCAGUGCCUCCCCUAGGCUCGAGGGUUAGCUUCUCGGGGUUGCCCCUGGCCCCCCUGCGUCGAGCGGCGCCCUCCUACCGCACUGAGCCCGCGCCGGGGGAGCGCUGGGAGGCCGCUCGGGUGCAGCGCUCGCUGGAGGCGGCGCUGGCGGCGCGGCUGCGCAGCACGUGCUACUCGGGCGCGGAGGCGGGGCCGCUGACCCGGGAGCUGUGCGAGCUGCUGCGAGUGCGCCUGCGCCAGCUCUGUCCCCCGCGCUACAAGCUGGUGUGCGGCGUGGUGCUGGGGCCGCGCGCCGGCCAGGGCGUGCACGUGGCCAGCCGCGCGCUCUGGGACGCCGAGAGCGACGGGCUGGCCUCCGCCACCUUCACCAACGCCUCGCUCUUCGCCGUGGCCAUGGUCCACGGGCUCUACUGCGAGUGAG